CCCCAACCAUACAUACGCUGUACGUAUGCAUCUGCUCGUGAUAUCUUUGCCAUUGAUCUAACAGAUUCCCUAUUCCUAAGCUACAGAUAAAUUCAGAUUCCACAGGAUUCUGCCUUCCGUGCUGCGCUCUCUCUCCCUCUCUCUCUCUCUCUCUCUCUCUCUCUCGUUAAUUUUGUUUCUUCUCCUUCAAUUCGCUUCUGAUUCUGGUACUUGGCCUCGGAACGGUGAUCCAAACGACACCACCUUAAGACAGAGUAGACGCAAUGGCAGUUUCCAUCAAACAGAUGGCGUUGAUUGUAGCAACUUUCGGUGUCUUAUCCUUCAUAUUUGGAGUUAUAGCUGAAAACAAGAAGCCUGCAUCUGGAACUCCAAUUACAGGAAAAGGGGUGGUCAUAUGCAAGUAUCCAUCUGACCCCACUGUUGUCUUGGGGUAUCUGUCCGUUUCCUUUCUCGCUGCCACAACCGCGAGUGGAUACCUGUCUUUGUUUUAUCCUUACAAGGGGCAGUCUGUUCCACAGGCUGCAUUGUUCCGAAGCAAUACUUUCCUUGUGUUCUUCAAUCUUGCCAUCAAAUGGAGUCAGAUGACUGGUCCCGAUUAUCGGAAUCACUAGCCAGCGGCGACCGGCGACAAUGAGCAGUCUGAAGAUUGAUUUUUAGAUAUAUGUACAUCGGCCCGUUGGAUCAUUUUCAUUUUUGGUUAUGCUAGUCAUCACGAUUGAGGGAAUCCGGUGGUGGGUUCCGAUUAUCGGAACCAUCGUUGGCAGCGACCGGUGGCCGAUAGUGUCGUCCGGCACUGAAACUGCCUUUUUACUUCACACUUGCUAAGGGCUGUUUGGUUGCACCAUAAUACAGUUUUGGGUUUGGGCUUAAAUAUAUUAUCUUGGAAAACUGGAUUGGGCCUUUGUCUUUUAAAAUGAGAUAGGCCUUUAGUUUCUAAAAUUAUGAAUUGACCCUUAGAUUUCUAAAAAUGAUAAAAUUGACCCUUAAAUUCGAAUCUAAGAAAGUGGGUUGGCCUAUGUUGGUAGGGUCCAAUGGACUAGGGUAGAACCCAACUCAGUUGGGUAGGAUCCAAGCUGGUUGUGGCAGCCCCUGGGAUAGCGUAAGUUGGCUUUGUCCAGAUUCAAUGGUUUGGCUUGCCCGUUUUGAUUGCCCCAAAUAUCUUGGUUGUGUUUGGUUAAGCUGAUUUUGACUUAGGAUAUCAGUUUCUAGUCGCUUAAAGGUUCUCCUAAGGCCUUCUUGGAAUUAGUGAGUGAUUCAUGAAUCACUUACUUGAUUGGGGGCCUAAGGGAUGGACCUUGGCUUGAUUCUUGGAACUAAGCAAGAUUAACCCCGAGGCAUGUUUUAGUCUGGCCUAUGAUGACGACUUAGGCAUUAAUGGAAUCCUGAUUUUUUAUGGAUUUUAUUUGGUUUGAGGCUGGCAUAUUGCCACUUACCCCAUUCACAUGAUCUUAUUGAUUUUGUGGACAAGUUCCCCUGGUAAUUCAAAAAUAAUGUGUUUUGAGUAUAUAUCAUAAGACUGUGGUGUAUUUAUAUAUAUGUAUAUGAUUAUACAUAUGAAGAAGUCAAGUAUAUGUGUUGGACGAGGAAGAGAAAUUCAAAUUUGAAGAUAGUUAACUGAAUGGAUAAGGCUUUAGUCUUGUAGUUUAAAUAUUGUAAACUUGUAUUUUAAAGUUUAAAUUAGUAUCUAUAAUUUAGGAGAUAGAAUAUUCUAAUAUUUAGGAGAUAACAUAUCUUAUCUCAUCUCCUACUACUGACAUGAUAAGCAGUGGU